ACCCGUUUGUGGGGCUGUUCUGUGGUGGUGCUGGUGUUGUGUGAGGAGAUGUUUCGCUGUUUAAGAGGCUAUAAACAGAUUUUUUACGAUUCUAAUGUUUUAAAAUGUUUACCUAAUGCUCUGAGCCCAGUCAAUAUCGAAACGGCAGUCGUAAGGUGUGUUUCACAAGUGGCCAGCUUCCAAAAAGGAAUAACGAGACAACAAACAACAACAAAAAAAAGAAAGAAAAUAUUUAUUAAAAUUAUUACAAAAACAAACGAAACGUAAUAAGUGAAUCAAUAAAAAAACAACAACAAAAGUGAGGCAGAUUUGUGGAACCUAGACUUAAACAAAAAUAGAAAACCGUGAUUUUUAAUUAAAACUUAUGUUUACGACUCGGAAUUAAAAUUGCAAAAGAAAAUUGAAAAAAAAAAAAUCUAAAAAUUCCAAAAAAUUCAGAAAAAUUUCCAGUUCUUUACAUUUAAGCCGAGAUUAUGCAAAGGCUUUACCUAAGCACUGCCAGUGUUUUCAUUGCGGCAGUGUGCUGCAGUUUUCUGCUGCCUCAAUGCUCAGCGCAAUCGACAACAGUGCGUCCUUACAAAUUUGGCUUUACCAUCGACGAGCAGCAACAUCGGCGUGAACAAAGAGAUGAAAAGGGCAUUGUUAUGGGAGAAUUUGGUUUCAUAACUGCCGAUGGCAUCUACCAUGUGACUGUCUAUGCCACCGAUGAACAGGGCCGAUUCCGCAUCUUGGCCAUGAAAAAUUAUCCUUAUGAGUCGCCACCAAAAACUGUCGACAUAACCGUGAAGCCUAAACCCAAACCCAGCACUACGACGGCAAAACCCAAAGAAGACUUGCCACAUCAUAAUUUCUACAAUGAAGCGUGCUCCGGUUGUUUCUUAUCGAAUGGUAAAAAGGAACCAGCCAAACCGAAAGGAUCCGGAGAGACGCCAAAGACUGGAAUUCGGACGUUAUCGAAAGAGUUGCCCAACUCAAGCCCAGAUAAGGCUAGCGGUACAAAAACAACAGCAGGAGCAAAGCCCAGUGUAACAGGACUCGCAAAACCUACCACACCAACAAAAGUAACACAGACACAAGCCAAAGUUCCACCAACUCCACACGUUAAGACGACAGAAUUCACAAAACCAACAACAAAAACGAAAAUAGCAACUACACAAACCAAACCUUCAAAAGGACCUACACAAUCCAAUACACCAAAAACAAAACCAACAACAACUCAAACAAAAUCCACAGGACUCAGUAAAUCCAUUACACCCAAUGUAAUACCAAAACCCGAUACACCAACCAAUUCCAAACCCCAGCAGAAGAAAACACCAACACAAGUUGCUAAAAUCCUUCCAUCCUCAAAUCCUGUGGCUGCCACAACAGUUGUGCGUAAAGUUGCGGCCAUACCUAGCACCACCCAAUUAACUCCUAUUCUUAGCACCGGCACAAACCUUUCAAAUAAAAAUACCAAACUAGCCAAGACACCAACCAGUGAAAAGGACAUUAUGGAUUUGAUUGUGAACAAGGUAUUGCCAGCUGCCAUGGGUGGCAAGGGAGUGGUGGUGAAACCACCCGGUGCGCCCUCGGUUAAGAAUCCAAUUGAAAGUGCUGCUAAAACACCCUCAAAAGCGGGCACACCAACUGGAAGUGGUGGCAAUUCCCUGGCCCCGGGCAAAGGAGUCAAUGCCAAUUUCAACCCCAAAACGACAGGCUCUUCUGCUGGCCCACGAGGCGGCGCUGGCUCCGGCAGUGGCAGCUCUGCCAACGUCGGCGGCGGCGGUGAUGGUGAUUUAUAUCACUUCAAAUACCUACUCGACUAUCACGGUCACGAGGAGACUGGCAAACGUAACGGCAACAAAGAGGGCAAUUACUUUGCCAUUGGCGAUGACGACGUUGAGCGCACCAUCGAGUAUGUGGCUAAUGAAAAUGGCUACCAGCCGCGCGUAAACUGGCGCAAACGAACCGACAAGGAUAAUCUGCCGAAGGAGAACAAUUUGAAGGAGUACGAAUUUGUUUGGUUCUAUGACAAAUAGUUCAAUAGGCAAACCCAGGUAGUCAAGCGACUCCAAAGGACUUAGAUAAAAAUCGCACAAAACGAUGUAAUUAAUCGUAUCGAAUUGUGUUCAUAAUUUUUUUCUUGAUUUUGAUUUGUACAAUAAUAUUUUUUUUUAAUUUUUUUAUUAUUAUUAAUUUAUUAAUUUUAGUGUUGUUGUAGUCGUUAGAUACUUUUAAAUUAUUUUGCGAAAUAUACAAAAACAAACAAGA